ACAAGAGGAGAAGUGUAAAAUUUUGUUACGAAACCAGCUUAUCAAAAUAUCACAACUCAUUAUAAAACCCCCCAUGUUAUGUGGAAACAUAGUUAGUUAGUAAUUACUCAUUUCAAUUACCAAACAAACAAACCAACACCCGUGUAGCACUUACACUUUCUGCUAUCUUCCAUCUUUUCAACCUUUCCACGUAACAAAAACCAGAUUCAAUCUCAGAAUCAAUUUUCUGUAUAUUUCCAAUUCUCAUUCAUCCUUUCAAUAAAAUGGAAAAGAAAAUCCUUGAUGUCAUACUUGUCCCUACAGGUCUCAUUAUAAUGAUCGCAUACCAUUUAUGGCUUCUCUACCAAAUCAUCAAACACCCCACAAAAACUGUCAUUGGUGUCAAUUCAAUCAAUCGUCGCUUAUGGGUUCAAGCCAUGAUGGAGGAUGUAUCAAAGAAUGGAGUUUUGGCAGUGCAAUCAUUGAGAAACAACAUAAUGGCAUCAACUCUUUUGGCUUCAACAGCAAUUAUGCUGAGUUCUCUUAUUGCUGUGUUGAUGAGUAGUAAAAAUGAAGAAAGAGGUGUUGUAGCUGUGGUGUUUGGUGAUAGGACUGAGCUAGUUUUGUCGAUAAAGUUUUUCUCAAUAUUGGUUUGUUUCUUGUUGGCUUUCUUGUUGAAUGUUCAAUCAAUAAGAUACUAUAGUCAUGCAAGCAUACUCAUCAAUGUUCCAUUCAAGAAACUGUCAUCGAAUCUUAGGCAACAGAAGCUGAAAGCUGAGUAUGUUGCUAACACAGUUAACCGUGGAAGCUAUUUCUGGUCACUUGGUUUAAGGGCCUUUUACUUCUCUUUUCCUCUUUUCAUGUGGAUCUUUGGGCCUAUUCCUAUGGUGUUUUCUUGCUUUGCACUUGUUUCUAUGCUCUAUUUUUUGGAUGCUGCUUUUGAAUGUGGUUGGGCUACUGUUGGAGUUGAUGAUGAUGAUUGUGAUGAAGGUGAAGUUCACAAGCCACACUACAUUGACAUUGAAUCGGAAGAACUGAGUAAAAGCUAAUCAGUUUGGUAGUACUGCGGCUGCAGAACCAUUAUAUAAUGGUUCUGCAGCCGCAAUACUAAUAGAUUUUCAGAUAUAAUGAUUGUGCGGCCGGAGCACCGGUGUAGCAGCUGGAGAUGAUCUAAUUUUGUUGUUAUUGGUUAAGUUUUAGCUUAUUAGCUUGUAGGCUAUGUAGAAAAACAUGAGUUGUAUAAUACUAAUAGAAAAUCUAUACUCAAGUUCAACUCACUGUUGAAUUGAAUUGAAUUGAAUUGAAUUGUAAGUCAUGAAAUAAGUGUGUUUUGAUU